AUGGGGCUGAAGAAGGGGCCAUGGACGCCCGAGGAGGACAAGAUCCUGGUCGCCCACAUCCAGAGCUUCGGCCACAGCAACUGGCGCGCGCUGCCCAAGCAAGCCGGGCUGCUGCGGUGCGGCAAGAGCUGCCGGCUCCGGUGGAUCAACUACCUACGCCCGGACAUCAAGCGCGGCAACUUCAGCAAGGAGGAAGAGGACGCCAUCAUCAGCCUCCACGAGCAGCUCGGCAACAGGUGGUCCGCCAUCGCCGCCAGGCUGCCCGGGCGGACGGACAACGAGAUCAAGAACGUCUGGCACACGCACCUCAAGAAGCGGCUGGAGCCCACCAAGCCGGAGCAUCAGCACGGAGCGCAGGCAGCAGCGCCGGUGUCGCCUGAACGGUCGGCGGCCUCGUCGUCGGUGACCGAUUUGUCGUCGUCCAUGACGGAGCAGGAGCAGGGCAACACGGGGAGCUCGCCCGGGUUCCCCAAGGAGGAGAGCUUCACCUCCUCCGCCUCGGACGCCGAGGAGUUCCAGUUCGACGACACCUUCUGGUCCGAGACGCUGUCGAUGCCGCUCGAGAGCUUCGACGUCCCCAUGGAGCCCUCCGACGCGUUGGGCGCGUCGUCGGUUGGCGCCGACGGCGACUUGGACUACUGGCUCAGAGUGUUCAUGGAGUCCGGCGACGUGCACCAGGAAUUGCCGCAGAUUUAG